AUGUGUUGUUGUUCUUCAUUCUUGACAAAAACACGAACGCAAUUUAGUAAGACGAGUUGUUGCUCUUUCUUCCAAUUCCUGGCAGCUUACUUCCAAGCUCUACCUAUUUGGCUCAUGGAAUCUCUAAGAUCAAAAUGCAAAACUCUCAUCAUCAAUAGCUUAAAUUGUUUCGGAUACAGCAAAAGUGGGAGGUCUUCAGUUGUGGAAGUCGACGAGCCAUCGAAGGGACUCAAAAUCCAAGGGAAGGUUGUGAAAAAAGGUUGUGGUUCAUCAGAUGAUUUCUGGAGCACAGGUACAUGUGAUAUGGACCACAAUAUCACGAUUCGAUCACAAUCUUUAAACCCACCUUUUGAUCCUCCGUGCAGCACAAGCAACUCUACCGAAUUUGUAAACCAUGGGCUUGCUCUAUGGAACCAAACGAGACAACAAUGGCGCGAAUGCAGAACCAGCCAACAAUGCCGAGUUCUAGAACCUGCAAUAAGCUGGAACUCGACAUAUGAUAGCUUAUUGAGCACAAACAAGCCUUUUCCUAGACCGAUACCUCUUCAGGACAUGGUGCAUUUUCUUGUUGAUGUUUGGGAGGAAGAAGGCUUGUACAUAUAAUUUGAUUAAAGAGUCACAUGC